AAAGGGGUUGAAAGCUGGUUGGCCACACAGCCCAGAACCACAGCCACUGCUGGGGUAGCAGGCAGCAGCGUGCACCAGCUGAGCCAGAACGUUAACAAUGCACCUUUCCCUUGAUGCUCCAGGGGGAGUGGGCUCAGCUGUUGGGAGGAAGUCACUUCCACGUCUCCUCUUCAUGGGGAAAGCAAUCAACAAAGUCGUUUAUGCUCUGAUGUUCCAUAACAGUUCCUCUGGUAUUGACGGGUCUUCUCUGCACCUUCUGUGGUUCGCCGUCCAUGCAGAGAAGUGAGGGGACAGUCGUGAAGAUGACGGCCAUGCUGCUGAGCCUUACGCUGGCUCUGCUCGGUGCGUUCCAGGCCCGGGCUGAGGUCCCCGUGCAGCCAGACUUCGAUGCUGCCAAGUUCUCAGGGAUGUGGCACGUCAUGGCAGCGGUGUCGAACUGCCCAAUCUUCCAGAAAAUGAAGGACUUGAUGAAGACAUCUGCAGCCAUCGUUACCGUCACGCCAGAGGACAAUCUGCAUUUCAAAAUUGGCUACCCCUUGCCAGACGGAUGUAAGAAAGUGGAGCUGGUCUUUGAGAAGACUGGGCAGCUGGGUCACUACACCAAUUCGCAGAUGGGCAAGCAGGACAUGCGUGUGGUGGCGACGGACUACACCAGCUACGCCAUCUUGCACAUCUUCAAGGACGACGACGGGAAGAGCAGCACCACCCUGCAGCUCUACAGUAGAAUCCAGGAGGUGAACCCCGAGGCCAUGAAGACAUUCAAGGAGCUCUACCCACCCAUGGGCCUCACCGAUGACAUGCUGGUCGUCCUCCCCAAGUCAGAUGAAUGUGUCAAGGCCCUCAGCGGUUAAGAAGGACCCAUCAGCUGCAGCUCCUCCAGCUCCAACUGAUGGCAGAAGUGUCAAUGUUCCAGAAAUCCAGGCUGCUGCUUCGUCCCUCACUCUUCUCCCCUCCUCUGUGGUGAUUUGCUCUGUCUUGCU